AUGCUGGAAGUUACGUUGGCAUUGCUGCUCCUACUUGUGGGCCUCUUCUACGUAUUCAUGACAUGGAAUUUCGGCUACUGGCGCAAGCGAAAAGUCCCUGGUCCUGCCCCACGCCUUCUCACAGGCAACUAUCCGCACAUGUACAACAUGAAGCGUCACGCAAUCUACGAUCUCAAUGAUAUCUAUAGAGAAUACAAACAUCAAUUCGACGCAGUUGGCAUUUAUGGAGCUCGCACUCCCCAAUUGCUGGUGAUAAGCCCGCAGUUGGCUAGACGCGUCUUCGUCUCUGACUUCAGGUACUUCCACGACAAUGAAGUCUCUCGUAUGGUGGAUGAGAAAUCCGAUUUCAUAUUUGCCAACAAUCCGUUCUCCCUGAUCGGAGACGAGUGGAAGCACCGACGCGCAGACGUUACUCCCGGACUAACCAUGGGUCGCAUCAAGACCGUCUAUCCAGUGACCAAUGAGGUAUGCCAAAAGAUGACCGAGUGGCUACGCAAGCAAAUACGUUCGCCUCCAAGUGAGGGCAUCGAUGCCAAAGCUAUGAGUCUGCGCUUCACAACCGAAAUGGUCACCGAUUGCGUGCUGGGCCUGAAGGCCGAGAGCUUCUCAGACAAGCCCACUCCAAUCAUGGGCUACAUCGAGGAGCUCUUCAAGCAGUCCUGGGCUUUUAUCAUAUACUUUAUAAUUGUCAGCACUUUGCCUGCGCUGCGACACGUCUUUAAGCUGCGCUUUGUGCCGCUGCGUAUUGAAAACUUUUUUGUGAGUCUGAUGCAAACGGCCAUCGAUGCACGACAACAACAACUGGCCGUUGGAAAGCAAUUCGAUCGCGUCGACUUCCUGGACUAUAUACUCCAGCUGGGCAGCAAGAAGAACCUGAAUACUCGCCAAUUGACCGCACACACAAUGACCUUCCUGCUGGACGGAUUCGAGACGACGGCCUCAGUACUUAGUCAUAUGCUCUUGCUGCUCGGCAGAGAUGAGCAGGUGCAGCAGCGACUGCGCGAAGAGAUCGAAGCCCAUCUCAGUGACAAGGGCGUCAUUGAGUUUGAGAGGCUCAAUGAGUUGCCCUUCCUGGAUGCAUGUGUCCAGGAAUCCUUACGCCUCUUCCCACCCGCCUUUAUGUCGAGUAAACUGUGCACUGAACCCAUCGAGCUGCCCAACAAAACCGGCGAGAACUUCGUUUUGGAGCGCGGCACCACGGUUAUUGUGCCCCACUAUUGCUUCAUGCUCGAUGAGGAAUACUUCCCCAAUCCGCAGGCCUUCAAGCCGGAACGCUUCAUGCAACCCGAUGCUGCUAAGAUGUAUCGAGAGCAAGGUGUCUUCAUGGGCUUUGGUGAUGGUCCGCGCAUUUGCAUAGGCAUGCGCUUUGCAUUGACACAGAUCAAGGCCGCUGCCGUCGAGGUGUUGACCAAGUUCAAUGUGCGCGUCAAUCCGAAAACCAUCAAAGAUAACGAGUAUGAGCCAACGGCGUUUAUCACGACCCUGAGAGGCGGCAUUUGGCUAGACUUUGAGUCGCGCCAAUGACGGAAAUAUAUAUAGAGCAAAUCAACUUUCAGGGGUAUUUCACUCAGCAAUGAAACGUUCACGACGAGCUCUCGCA